CUUUACUCCUUAUUUUUUUCAGAUGACAGUCCCAAAGAGAAAAUUGAUUUUACUAAAAUGGAAAAUAAUAAUCUUGUUUACUCGAUAUUCACCCCAAAUUCAAAAACGAAAGGAAAUGAAUUGAAAAUUAACGGAGAUAGGCAAUUGUCGACAUCCAAUGGAGAUCUGGAUUCUGUAAGAAAUAUUAUAAGUGAGCAAUUAAUGAACGACUUUAAUGCUAACGAUUCAUUUACCGGAAGUAUCAGUAAUGGAGCUUAUACUACCACUAUUACAGCAGACAUUGAAGGAGAAGUUAAGAAAAAACGAGUUUCUGACAAGUCUUACUUUAUUGCUAAAGAAAUCUUAAUGACUGAAAUAACUUAUAAAAAGGAUCUGGAUGUCAUAAAUAUUUGGUUUAGAGAUGAAGUGGGAAAAGAAGAACCGGAAGAGUGUUCUAUUCUAUUGACCCUUAUAGCUCCACUGGCUCAAGCUCACGGCAUUUUGGUUCGGGAUUUGGAACAAAGAUUGCAAAAUUGGGAUGGCCGAGGAGGACCGAAAACAUCGACAGAAGGAGUGGCAGACGUUUUGUUAACUCACUUACCUCCCCUAUUACCGAUAUAUGAAGAAUAUUUAGAUGGACACAUAUUAGUACUAGAAAAAUUAGAUUCAGCGUUAAAAUCAAACAACCGUUUUGAACAAUUUUAUCGGGAUUUUGAAACCCAAAAAGUUUGCUACUUACCUUUCACCUCUUUCGUACUUAAGCCUCUGCAUAGAUUGCUACAAUAUCAGAAUAUAUUACAAAGUAAGUAUUUGUAUAAUUUGUCUAUUUAUGUAACUUUAUUAUCUCUAAAAAUAUUUUCAUAUUUGCGUAUUCCGACUUUAAUUAACCAAUAAUUGUAAAUAUCUUCC